CACUUGACACUUCCGUUCUCUUCCACAACAGCUAGCAUCUAGCCCGGUUGACGUCGCUCUCGUUCGGCGUAGUUGUUGCGGUGUUUGCGCUGUUGUUUGCAGAGUGAAAAGAUGAACACGGUUCUGUCCAGAGCGAACUCUCUGUUCGCCUUCUCCCUGAGCGUCAUGGCAGCGCUGACGUUCGGCUGCUUCGUCACCACAGCGUUUAAGGACAGACGAGUUCCUGUGGACAUCCACGUCUCGAGAGUGAUGCUGAAGAACGUCGAUGACUUCACUGGACCCAGAGAGCGCAGUGCCCUGGGCUUCGUCACCUUCGACCUCUCGGCUGAUUUACAGCCAGUUUUUGACUGGAAUGUUAAACAGCUGUUUAUCUACCUGUCUGCAGAGUACACCACCAGGAGCAACGCUCUGAAUCAGGUGGUGCUGUGGGACAAGAUCGUCCUUCGAGGUGAAAGCACCAAACUGAACCUCCGAGAUAUGAAGUCUAAAUAUUUCUUCUUCGAUGAUGGGAACGGACUCAGAGCCAAUAAGAACAUCACUCUGACACUGUCAUGGAACGUCGUCCCCAAUGCUGGAAUUUUGCCCCUAGUGGCUGGAAGUGGACACGUCAGCCUCCCGUUCCCCGACAUGUACGAGAGCACAAAGAGCUAUUAAGACGGAGAGAAGACAUUCUGCCAGUUUACAACACAAGAACACACACACACAUACACUGGUUUUUCUUUUGUAAUAAAAGUUAAGAAAUAAAGUUUUUCUCUGUA